AUUGUGUUAAAACUCCUAUGCUGCCCUGCAGGAGUGUUGAUGUAUCGCGGUUUUCCUCUGGAUCUGUUCAUGGCUCAGUGCUAUGCCAAUGCUGAUGACCUCGGCAAGGGUCGGCAGAUGCCUGUCCACUACGGCUCCAAAGACCUGAACUUUGUCACCAUCUCCUCUCCUCUGGCCACUCAGAUUCCUCAGGCGACUGGAGCUGCAUAUGCAUUCAAGAGAGAAAACACCAACCGCGCUGUGAUCUGUUAUUUCGGAGAGGGAGCCGCCAGUGAAGGGGACGCACACGCUGGCUUCAACUUCUCUGCCACCCUAGAGUGCCCAAUUAUUUUCUUCUGUCGUAACAACGGCUACGCCAUCUCCACCCCCACCAACGAGCAGUACAGAGGGGACGGCAUUGGUAAGAAGCCGUGGUGCGGUUAA